GGAAGCGCCGCUCCGCCCCUCUGGACGCGGUCGCUAUGGUAACCCAGUCGCCGCUUCCACAGAGUUUACCAACCCUGACAAUGACAGAAGAUCACAGAGCAGCGCUUUCUCGGUCUCCUUUGUCACCCACGGAGGUUUCACAGCAAAGCAACCCUGAAGACACCUUCAAUGGGGAUACCGUUCACCCAAUUUACAAAUAUAUUUCGAAUGAUUUACCAAGAGAGUUUAUGUCAUCCCAGGCAAAAGCAGUUAUUAAACCUACUGAAGAUUAUUUGCAGCCUCAGUUUGGCCCCAACAGACUUUUACAUUCAGCGGCAGCAUCAGAAGGGUCAGGUCUUCAAGAUUGCUCCACACAUCAAACAGCAUCAGAUCAUAGCCAUGAUGAAAUAUCAGACCCAGAUAGCUACAAAUCAAACAGUAAAAACAAUUCUUUUUUUAUAUCAGCAUCCAAGAGAAACAGACCUGUCAGUGCUCCAGUGGGUCAAUUGAGAGUUGCAGAGUUCUCUUCUUUAAAAUUUAAGUUGGACCAGGAUUGGCAUAGAUUGUCUCAAAGAUACAAACUUCAACCCAGAGUGAUUAGAGUAACAGCUUACAAAAAUGGAUCUAGAACAGUUUUUGCCAAAGUUACUGUACCAACCAUCACCUUGUUGCUGGAGGAGUGCACGGAAAAGCUGAAUCUGAACAUGGCUGCACGACGAGUAUUCUUGGCAGACGGCACUGAAGCCCUCGAACCCGAAGACAUACCCUGUGAAGCCGAUGUUUAUGUUUCAACGGGAGAGCCCUUUUUAGAUCCAUUCAAAAAAAUUAAAGACCAUCUGUUGUUAAUGAAGAAAGUAACUUGGACAAUGAAUGGGCUGAUGCUUCCUACUGAUGUCAAAAUACGGAAAACCAAACCUGUUCUUUCUAUUAGAAUGAAGAAACUUACUGAGAAGACCUCAGUCCGAAUUCUUUUCUUUAAGAAUGGCAUGGGGCAGGAUGGGCAUGAGAUUACAGUGGGAAAGGAAACAAUGAAAAAGGUUUUAGAUAUUUGCACAAUGAGAAUGAACCUGAAUUCACCAGCCAGAUAUCUUUAUGAUUUGUAUGGCAGGAAAAUUAAAGAUAUUUCAAAAGUUCCUCUGCUUGAAAAAUGCCUGCAAAAUUCCAUCACACCUUUGCGGGGACCAGUUUGGGUCUCCAAGGGAGAAGAUUUCAGCCCCUCAGGAGCUAAGAUGUACAUCCAAGGAGUUCUUUUGGCCUUGUACCAACGAUUAAAGUCCGCAAAGAAAUAUUAUAACCAGUUGAACCUGGCUGUGGAUGAACAGAAAGGGAAAAUUACCGAAGAAGUCAUUCUUUCAAUGACAGCAAAGGAACACCAUAAGGCACAAGAAGAAGUGAACAGGCUGAUUGAUGAAUUGCAGACAGCUAUCAAAAGCAACAGAGGUCAUCUCUCUAAACUUGGCCCCCAAUUACAGGCUGAGCAGGAGCAAUUCUCCUCUUAUGUCUACGAACACAUUAAAAGCCUUCCAGCAAACACUCUUAUCCCAGGAGGCCUGCAGCUCAAGAUAUUUGAAAAUGGUAAAGACACUGGCGAGAUCUCUGUUUGUAUCAGUGAAAAAGAUCUGGGGCCUAAUAGCCCAAUUCAAACUGGCUAUAUGAUGGAAAGAUUACUUUUCAAGAUUCAUCGAAGACUUCAGGGUUCUUCCAUCAACCCACCAGGCCUCAAUUUUUCUUCAAUCCGGCUUUUCGACGAGCACAGUCAAGAAAUUAAGAAUCCACUUUCGCUGAAGAAUGAGCAAAAAAUUUGGGUCUCUUAUGGUAAAGCACACAGAUCUCCACUAAACCCUGUUUUGGGUUUGACCUUUGACCAGGUGACUGCAUUUGCCAGAGGUGGCAUUACAGUUGCAUAUAAAACCUUCUUGGAUCCUAAUGCUGUUCUACUACUGGGAUGUGACAAUUGGGAAGUUUGUGAGGGAUUUCCAGUUAAUUUCAAUGGCACCAGUCAACAGAUACCUGAUCAAUUUGAAAAGGUGGACUUGGAGAACCAUUUCCUACAGAACAAGGUGAACCCCAAUAUUGUCCUUCAUGCCUCUGUUUCCAUCAGAAAGCGGAAUUUCUCAAGUGGUGAAGAGGGCAGUGGGACUCAGAUAGCACCAUCGACCCUGUGGCCUGCAGCCAGUGUGUGGCUGAUCACAAAGACUGGAAUGAUCCUGAGCCGAGCGAUAACUCAGGGCUGCCUAGCUAUUGGUCAUCCAGUCAGAGUCAAGGCCACUGAGGGAACAUCACUAGAAGGAUACAAAUUAAUCCUACAGAAAAGACAUAAAGGAGAUGAUUCUCAGAAGUGGGUGUUUGGAACUGACGGUUGCAUUUAUUCUAAGGCUUAUCCUCAGUUUGUUCUGACCUACCUAGAGGAGCUAAAUGCACAAGAUGUGACCCAGACUAAGUAUCACCUUCACCAUGGUGCCUGGACCACAGCUCAUCAAGAACAUGGCAGCAGCUUAGCAGAAGAGGUUCUGCAAAAAAGUGCCAGUAUCCCUGGUCUGAAGCAGCUGCCAGAGCCUUCAGAGACCCACUUAAUGCCAGAAGGUUCUCUUGGGGAGACAGGGGAGCUGACAGUGGCACUGGUGAAGAAACUGGAAGAGAAACAUCCUAAGGCUUCUGCUCAGAGGUGGGCCAUAAAACAUGAAGGGACUGGGAAGCCAGGCCAGUGGAAACAUUCCAGAGUUGAAAAUCCUUUCUGGAAUAAGCUUACGUACAUGUGGCCAGUCCUUCCCAGUGGCCAACUUAAUGAGGAGUUUGAUUGGCCAAUAGAAGGGCUGCUUCUUCCAAACAGUCCUCCCAUGAAGAAACCCAUCUCUAAGACACUGGAGCAAUAUGUCCCUGUGAGACUCAGAGUUUUGCGGAAUGGAGACAAGAACAAAACCAGAGCCCUUAUUAUAAUCAGUCCAGACAUCUCACCUAGGCGGAAAAUGCAAAAUGUUGACACUGAAAGGAAAGGGAAUGUGAAAAAUUAUGUCACUAAAUAUUCUGAAACAGAAACAAACCAGACUGGAUUUCACCAACUUUUGGAGAGGUGCACUGAAAUUUUAAAUUUACCUUCUGCAGCUCGGAGAUUGUUCAGUGAAAAGGGGAAGGAAAUCUUUGCCCUAAAAGACCUUCAAAGAGAUGAACUGGUGUAUGUUUCAUGUGGAGAACAUUGGAUCAAUCCUGAUCUGUCCAUUGCUCAGCAGAAGAAGCAAAUCUUCCUGAGGAACUUAGCAUCAGAUAUUUCUAAAAUUCAAACUUUCUGCAGUACACAUAAGAUAGAGGCUCUUGUUUUAGAAGUCCAAAGUGACAUUGUGUUGGGAGCCAAGCUUGCUGUGCGGAAACCAAUUUUUGGAGAAGAGAAGCAAAUUUUAGAACCAGAGGAAAAGCAAGUGCAAAAAAAUGCUUUAACAUCGGGAAAUGCUUCCAGUGAAAUUCUAGAUUCACAUGCAAGAGCCCAUCUCCGAAUGAAGGCUUGUCACACACUUCUCAGGUAUGCCUGGCAGGAAACUUCUCAUAACUUUGAUGAAGAUGACAGUCUUCCAAAGAAAAUGGAAGAAGAGCUCUUUGAAAAUGUGGAACCAGAGAAGAAAUACAGCCAUUCUCCAAAACAGAGUAAAUUGCAGAAGGUUUGCCACCAGCAGUUUGAAUACAGAGAUGGGCAAAUCAUAAGCUAUGCUUCUCCUCAGCUAGUCUUGGGGGUGCAAGGCCCCAACCUGCGUUCAGGCAUGGAGGUUGUUUUGGUGGAGAAAAAAGCAGAUGAUGGUCAUCAACACUGGAGGCACAAGGAAGACAGCAGGACCUUUCACCUGGUGAGUAACCCAGACCUGGUGCUGGCAGUGUCUAUGACCAAGGCUGGAGAUGAAGUCUGUGGCUAUCCGGUUAUUGCUCAGAAAUACAAACAACAUAACAAUGGGACUUCUAAUCAAAAGUGGAAUUACAUGAAAAAUAUGAAAGCUUUUAUGGCCUUUCAUAGCACUACACUGGAUAAGGAAGUCACAGCAGCAAAUUAUGCUGGUAUUUGUACAUCCUCUGUGAUUAAAGAAAAACACAUUGAUCAACCAGGAUACUAUUAUCUCUCACCCAGUGGAAAGAAAAAAACAAUGCUCUGUUUGGCAUGUGGGCAAUCCAUGAGAGCAGAGAAGAGACUGAAACUGUUGCUUCCAGGGCUGCCAUUCCUCUGUGCCUCAGGCUUCGAGACCCAGAAGCCCUUCUCACAAGGACCUUUCAAGGUCAUCGAUGUGGCCAGAGCUGAUUUAUCUUCUUAUGAGGCUGAAAACACUUUAAGUUAUUAUGAAGAACGUCUGUUAUCUUUACGGAUGAAGACCUGCACGCAAGUUGUAUCUCAUAGUGGCAUGGCAGUUACUCACCAGAAGGCAGUGAAAAUAAUUGCAUACAAAAAUGGAGAUGGAUAUCGAAAUGGGAAGUUAAUUAUGGCUGGAACAUUCCCCAUGCUGCUUGCAGAAUGCACGGAACAACUUGGUCUUGCCAGAGCAGCCUCCAAAGUGUAUACCAAAGAUGGAACCACAAUCCUUUCCUUGUGGGAUUUGGUUCUAUGGGCUCUUGAUAAAUCUUUUAUCCAGAGAGACUCUGAGGAACAAAAGGAAGAGGCAGCCCCUGUUGGAACAAAAGAGACACCUGUUAAAAGAACCACAAGAAUGAAAGUGAAAACCAAAUUAUUUCCAAAGUCUGUGACAUCUGAUAGUUUGGAUGAUAUAGAUAAGUCUUUGCUCACCCUCAUCCUCAGAAAUCCUAUUGCCAUCUGGGUAUCUUGUGGUGAACCAUUUCUAAGUCCGAAUGGUAAGUAA